AUGGCCUCGACGGCCGUUCUCGCCUCUCCGGUGGCACCUGACAGCUCUUUCAACUGGAAAAACAUAGAAUACGUACUCACCUUUGGCGACUCGUACACGUUCGUCCAGGGGACCGAGGGCCGCUGGGCCUACAGCUUCAUCGGCUCCCAGCUCAACAUCUCCUUCACGCCGGAGCAGCUCCUCGGCGACCGCAUCGUCCCGGGCCAGAACACCUCGUCCGCCGGCGGCCCGAACUGGGUCCAGGAGCUGACGGGGUGCAAGGAAGGCGUACCCUUGCACUGGAACCACACCAUCUCGUACGAGAAGCAGAUCGAACAGUGGGACACGUGGGGGAAGCCCGUCAUCGACGCCGACGCCGGCAAGACGCUGGUGGCGUCGUGGAUCGGCAUCAACGACAUCAACGACAUGGCCAGCUUCAAGCUCCCCUUCAACGGGCUGAGCACGUGGGAGGAGCUCUUCACCGCCGUCGUCGCCGAGCAGUUCGCGGCGCUCGAGACCGUGUACGAGGCCGGGUACCGCCACUUUCUCUUCCUAAACCUGCCGCCCCUCGACAAGAAUCCCGCCUCUCAGCUGAACCCGGCGCGUCUCCCCAACACGUCCAUGAUCAAGACGUACAACGAGGCCGUCAACCAGACCGCCCGGGCCUUUUCGGAGAAGCACCCCGGCGCGACGGCGCUCGUCUUCGACACGUACGGCUGGCUCACGCGCGUCUUUGACGACGCGGCGGCGUACGGCAUCACCAACACCACGUCCUUCUGCCCGCAGUACAAGGCGUGGGACAUCGAGACCAACUACGCCGCGUACGGGUGCCAGCCGAUCGGCGAGUACUUCUGGUACAACUCGGGCCACAUCACGUACACGGCGCACCAUGCUUUGGCCGGCAAGGUGGACGAGUUCCUGGCGGAGAAGAGCGUUGGACGCUGCGGCGGGAGGAACCGGACGGAGAGCGCGUGGGGGACGCGGUGGAUCGGUGGCGAAUCGACCUAG